GUGGGGGCGGGGUGAACGCGGAGGGCCUGCGAAGAGUGUCUGGUCGCGCGUCGAGCGCCGCCCGUGGUGGGCGGGCGGGGCCGGCGACCCCCGUGUGCUCUCAUGGGGAUGUGUUUUCCCUGCCCCGCGGAGUCGGCGCCCCCUUCGCCGAACCUGGAAGAGAAAAGAGCAAAGCUUGCAGAGGCUGCAGAGAGAAGACAAAAGGAGGCCGCAUCUCGGGGAAUUCUAGAUGUUCAAUCUGUGGAAGAAAAGAGAAAGAAAAAGGAAAAAAUAGAAAAACAAAUGGCUACAUCUGGGCCACCACCAGCAGGUGGACUUAGAUGGACAGUUUCAUAAAGCAUAAUAUGAAUAGAAGAAUUUACUGCCAAUAACUUCAACAUCUGCAAUCCAAUGGAUUUCCUCAAGAUUAAUUUCAUCUCUUUGAAUACAUGAAAAGUCACUUUGUAUUAAUAGUGCCCGUAAGUGCAGUGCUAAAUCUACAUUGAAACUAUUGGUAAAACUUUUGACUUUCAAAUUUAGAAAAUGGAUAUACUUGUCAUUAAAUUCUUAUUUUCCUAUAUUUUCUCUUUUGCAAAAAGUGAGUAAUUUCCUGUUUUCAUAGUUAAAUAUGGAUCUAAAUGGUAUAUAUUUGGCAUGUAAAAAUCAAUCAUACAUUUCUAAUACUAAAAUUUGUGACUUUAUUUCCCUCCUUUGUAAAGUGAUCUAGCUACUUUAUAGUUGUGCUGCAUAGACUUAUUUCUGCUUUUAUUUCACUGUAUAUGAAGACAUUUGCUUAAACUAAGGGACAUAGUGCCUUUAAACUAGUCAUCAGGGAAACUUGAAAAUUCAUUUGAAGGGCUUAUGUGAAGGAGCACUAUAAAUUUUUAUAACUUACCAAGUAAUGAAUAUUUAUUUAUAGGCAGUGUUGAAUUUCUCCUAAUUUAUUUUCUGUUUCUGUACCUUAUAAAAUUAAUAUAUUGUGUUUUAUGUUAUAAUAAUAAAGGUUUUCUUUUGUUUAAUUUAAAAUUAUAUAUUAGUGGUACCAUCAGAAGGUAGUGAUAUACUAUAGUGUAAUAUCAGAUUCAGUUCUGUAAAGAUCUAUGGAGUAAUUGAAUGUGGUAAACCAAGAAUCUGGAUGGGUUAUAAUGAGUGGUAAUAUAUUUCUCCAAAUUUCAUAAACAUUUUUAUUCUUUUGAAUUUAUUAAAGAAUUUUAAGAUUUAUUCAGAUGUAAAAUUGCCAAUGCAGGUAUGAAUGUAAGAAAGAAAAACAUGUAGGUACUGUAUUUAAAAAGGACUGCUUCAAACAAAAAUAAUAGGAGGGAGUUCUAUAGGAUGCACUAACAAAAAUUUUUUUAGGUUUUUAUUAGGAACAUGAGUUUUAUGACACUUUUUGCUUUCAUUUUGCUUUUUAAUGUAGAAUAAACUAAGAUUAACAUUUAUAGAUACUAAAUAACAAAAGGGGAUGUAAAUGAAAUAGACCACCUCACUUGAUUUAAAAAAAGGAGAAUAAGCCACUAUCUCAUCCUUCCCAUAAGGUCUGUAUUGUAAAGGUAUAUUACACAAUUAGACCAGCUUAUUGAAGGACUUACUACAUGAGGUUUUUGAACAAGCACAGUUAACAAAAGAUGAUGUGCAUGCUCAGUUGAUGUGGAGAAGCUGUCAGUCAAUCCUGCAUUUUAGGCAGUUGUGUUUAAACUCUAUGCAUCAUGAGAAUUCGUGAUUUUUUUCCUCAAUGGUGAUUUCCUUGGAAUUAUAUACCCAAAGAUACCAAGGGUCUACUAUUACAUGUUCAUUUUAAAGAGUUUGAUAUAAUAUAGGUGUCUUGUCUUGUCAUGAAAAAACUAUGUUUUCUUUUGUAUGACAUAUGCUGUUAAUAUUUAGGCAAGACAUGAAGCUAAACAAGUUCAAUUUUCUUCAUUCUCCAGAUUAUUUGUGACAUUUUUGUUCAUAAAAGAUAGUGAAUCAUUAAAUUGCAUUUCAUAACUAAAAUUUUUGAGUUCAUUAAGAAGAUAAUUUUUCCAACAGAAAAAGGAUAAUUAAUAGCUCAGUGGAUAUAGAACCAGAGCAUAUCAUCUUUGAACUAUGCAAGGCCUUUCUCCUAUUAACAUACCAAGAACAAAUUUCACUACAUCUUAAAGAAUUAGAACUUAGUUGUGUUAACAGAAGGUUUACUUCCAGGGGACAAUGCUCUAUUUCUAACAGCAUCUUAUACUCAAAUAACAUACUUAACUACUGCUGAACCAUGAAUGAUCUACAUGAACAUUGUUUUCUGGGGAAAGUGGGACGUGAUUCUUCUGCUAGCCCUGGCCUGCCUCUGAGGUUGUGAUCAGCUUUCCCAAAACCACAUGUGUUGCAGGCAUUAAGCAGUGACACGUCUCUUAAGAACAUUUUAGGAUGGGGAAGAGAAAGGGGGAAAAUGGAUGAUUGGUAAGAAACUAGAAAAUGACUAUUAAAAAAACAUAUAAUCCAGACAUUUCCCUUAAAAAGUUACUAAUCUGUUCAUAUGAAAAUCUUAAGUGGAAGUUAACUUUCUAUAAUUUAUAAUUUAAGAGAAUAAUGAUUAAUGUCAUCCAAUCCCUACUGUGCAAAUUACUAAAAUAUAACUGACAUAGUAAGUUGCUUACAUGUAACUAUCAUGUUAAGAUGUACAAUGCUUAAACCACAUCUUAAUUAUAACCAUCAAACUCUUAAUAUGGCAGAUAAAAAGUAGUAUAUCAUUACACAGCUCCUUUGUGACACACUGAAUGAUUUUUAAACAUCUAAAUGUGAUUUUUUUCUUUGAAUGUAUUGUUUUUGGAAUGUGAUUUAUUUGGAAUGUGACUUAAUAGUUUUCCCCAUAGAUUUGGUUACCAAUUCUGUAUUGUCUUUUGAGGCUAUAAAUAUACA